AUGUCAAAAUCUAAUAAUAACCAACAUAUCUCUGCGCUGGAGGUUAGUGCGCAUAAGGCAGCUAAUGACUGUUGGAUCGUUGUUGAUAACCAAGUUUGGGACAUCUCGGACUUCCUCUCAGAGCACCCCGGAGGGCCCAGCAUUAUCCUCAAAUAUGCCGGACGAGAUGCAACAAAGGCAUACUCCGAGAUUCACCCACCAAAUCUUAUUAAGAACAGUCUUCCGAGUGAUAAACUGAAGGGUGUUCUAGAUCGAAACUCCGUUGACGAUGAAUGGCUCAAAGCGCCCUCCGAACAGAGCGGGAAACGCCUCCCAAGCAACGAGAAACCACCUCUAACAACAUUGAUAAACGCCCAUGAUUUCGAAGUCGUAGCUUCCCAAACUGCUCCAGCAAAGACAUGGGCUUUUUACUCGAGCGCCUCAAACGACCUCAUCACUCGUGACGCCAACAAAUCCUUCUUCGACCGCACGUGGCUCCGGCCCCGUGUCCUCCGCAAUGUGAAAGAAGUCAAUACCAAAACUAAAAUACUCGGCUGUGAUGUGAACAUGCCUCUCUUUGUCAGCCCCGCUGCCAUGGUGAAACUCAUCCACCCAGAUGGCGAACUCGCCGUUUCCCGCGCUUGCGGAACCAGAGGCAUCAUGCAGGGCAUCUCUAACAGCGCCAGCUAUCCCAUGAAAGACAUAACCGCUGCGGGGCCGCGGGCGAACUAUUUUUUCCAGCUGUACGUCAAUAAGGACCGCGCCAAGUCUGCUGCACAGCUCCGAGAAUGCUCAGAAAACCCUCGCAUACGGGCUAUAUUCAUCACAGUCGACGCAGCGUGGCCCGGCAAGCGCGAGGCGGACGAAAGAGUCCGCGCAGAUGAAAACUUGAGUGUCCCCAUGUCGGCACAGCGGGCGCAGAACGACUCGAAGGGUGGGGGAUUGGGCCGUGUCAUGGGCGGGUUCAUUGACCCGGCCUUAACGUGGGAAGACCUAGUCUGGGCGCGCAAACACACGCAUCUCCCCCUUGUGCUUAAGGGUGUCAUGUCCGCAGAUGAUGCGAUGCUGGCAAUGAAAGCUGGCCUGGAUGGGAUUCUCUUGAGUAACCACGGCGGCCGCAAUCUGGACACCAGCCCGCCGGCUCUAGUCACCCUGUUGGAGUUACAUAAGCGCUGUCCUGAAAUAUUCGAUAAGAUAGAAAUCUACGUAGAUGGUGGAAUCCGUCGCGGAACGGAUAUCUUGAAAGCGGUGUGUCUCGGCGCCACGGCGGUGGGGAUGGGGAGAAGCGUGUUGUUUGCCGCAGCCUACGGCCAAGAAGGGGUGGAGCAUUUGUUUGAUAUCAUGGCAGACGAACUAGAGGGCGCGAUGAGACUCGUAGGGAUCACAUCCCUCGAUCAAGCCCAUCCAGGCCUCGUCAAUACCGCUGAUAUUGACCACCUUGUUCCCGAUUCGGCUUCACAUCCGUAUGCUCGAUCUGUCACCCGCGGCCCCGACCACAGCCGGACUAGGCCGCAAUCGAAACUGUGGAACGGAGGUGCAAUUAAAGCGAGGUUGUAG